AUGAAAUUCGGGCAUAAGAAAGACGAGCCGGCCCCACCCGAUCUGGUCUUUGAUGAAGAUGAGGAUCUCAGCGAAGUUUGGCCACAAGUUGUGCGACAGUAUGAGGAUACCACCAAAAGGAAGCUGGAUGCAAACACGACGUUCAACAGCUUCCAGCUACAAAUUGACGCCGACAUAAAAGAGUCGACGACGAAAAGCCAUCAGAAUGCCAGGAUCGUUUUGAACAAUAUUGGGAACUGUCUUGAACAGUUUGGUUGCAUAGUCGCACAAGUGGCGGGCGUGGUCUUCGGGCCUGCUGCGCAAUGCUGGAAUGCUAUCAGUUUCGUCGUUCAAGCAGCUCGGAGCUUCAGCGGCAUGAUGGACGGGUUCGUUAUUCUCAUGGAACGCUCAUCGGCUUUUAUCCGUCGCCUGGUUAAUUUCAUGAAGCAGAAGAUCGGCGAAGGCGGGUCCCACCUACCGCCUGUUCUUCGAAGGCCCGCAUACAGCAUCCUCUCUCAAUUUCUGGGCAUUCUUCGUUCUUCAUACGAGCUAGCUACCAGCACGAAAGCGCGGUGGAAAACCAUGGCUGGAAUCGUUCUUUUCAAUUCGAAUGACAUGGUGGCAGAAUCGUUGAGAAUGAUGGAGGAUCAAAUCCAGGAGUUCACCAGAGCCGAGGUCGAUGAUAUACUGUUGGACGUCAAAGGGCUUGCAAAGCACCUUGUCGCAUCUGAUAAGGAGAGAGCUCGCUAUCAUGAUGAGAUCAACGACCAUCUUCAUACGGUAUACAAAGUCAGCGACCAGAUCCUAAGUGUUACUCAGCAGAUGAAGACGACUUUGGAUGGUCGGGCUAGCAAGGAUCAACAGGAAAGCAAUCUGGGAAAGAUCGCAAAGAAUUUGGGUCUGAAGAAGGCUGGAGACUGGGAGACUUGGGAUAAGCGACAUAGCGAGCUCUGCAAGACGCAUGUGCAAGGGACGGGAGAGUGGCUCAGUCGAGACGAACCCGCAUUCGUGCAGUGGUCUGACCUGAAUCGGCACGACAGAAAAGUUCUCUUCCUGAGAGCUGACUCCGGAUUUGGCAAAACUCAUCUCUUUAACCACGUCGUUUCUCACCUCGAAAAGAAAUGUCGAACUGCGCGUGGACCCAACACGGCAUUUCUCGCGUACUAUUACUACGGAGACGACAAGGACGACUCCCUCGAACGAUGUAUUGGAUCCAUCAUCUACCAAUUCGCAUCUGCAGAUGUUGGAUAUGCUCAAGCCGUAGUAGAAGAAUGUGCGCGACAAUCAAACAUUGCGCGGGCUAAAGAUCGAUGGAACGAGCUCGUUUUGGGAUUGCAGCAUGCCAUGAAAGGGACAUACUUCAUAUGCGUGGACGGCUUUGAUAGUCGUAGCCAACUGGACAGUGUGGAAAUCAUGAUGUCCGCUAUCGCAGGCGAAGCUGCGUCUUCAGCUAAGCCAAAUGGGGUCUCUCUGCGUCUCUUUGUAUCCGGAAACGACGAUGCGCUCUCUGAAGUUUCGCGAGGAUCCAAAGUCGUCAACACUAUUCUUCUUGGGAAACACAGAGUCUCUGCACAACCCACGCAACGAACUGGCACCAGUUCAGUUAUCGUUUCGGACUCGCUGCCAAACGCGAGCGAUUUGAGAGCUGUCACAAGAGCCAGGAUUGAGGAGGUUUGCAAGAACAAACCCGGCCUGAAGGCUAUCCUUGAUGACUCGAACAUCGAGCUUCUGCUCGAAGGCAUCCGCGGAAACUACAGGAAUCUGGAGGCCAAGAUCACAGAGAUCAACGCUUGCGACACGAAAGGGAAGGUCCAGGACGUUAUCAGUAAUACGGGCGCUGACAUGAACACCGUCCAAAGAAACAGGAUCAAGACUCUGGACGCUCUUCUGAAUUCACGUCAGGCUCGGGUGCUCAAUAGACUUCUUGUAUGGGUUGCAGGAUGCAUCUACCCACCAUCAAUCGAGCUGCUCAAGAGCGUUCUCUUCUUUACCAUUGGCGAGGAAUUUCUCCUCGCCGAUCAGAUCACUACUACUUACUCCCCUGUGCUCAUGAUUGACGAGGAGAAUAGAGUGAGAUUCAAGGACGGACUCAGGGAGAUCUUGUCGACGAGCGAUUCCUCAGGGACCGAAUCUGCACUCUCCCGGUUACGUGACGAAAAGAUCAGUGAAGGCGAAGUCAGCCUUUGUCAGCGGUUUAUAAAAAAUGCAUGUGCGACAAUGGAUUACGACAGAUUCGGGUUCGAUAAUUUCUUUGAAGCCAUGGCACAAAAGGUACAUAUUCACCUCGACGACGAAAACGCCCUGUGUGUUACCAUCAUCAACUUGUGCGUCGAUGCUUUGCUCGACAGUCGGAAAGACAAAAACCUCGAAGUAAUGCGCGAGUAUGCUUCAUUGUGGUUCUAUGAGUAUAUCAAGACCCUGGUCAAGGUGCUCGAUGACUUCGAGCCGGAAAGGGGGUUUAUGGCCAGUAUUGGAAGCAAGCUGAUUGAGUUGCUUUACGAUUCCAACAUGAUCGAUACAUGGUUCACCAAGAAGAAUUUGGUAUCGAUGAAGUACGACUUCCUCUAUCAGGACGAGUUCAUUGACCCCUUGGUGACGCUGUUGAAGAAUUCGCAAGUGGCCAAAGGCUAUGCAAAAGACGCAGAGAAGAGUGAGUGGGUCAAGUCUGUAAUUUCAGACGCUACGAGCAAAUACUCCGUUCUCGAGCGCAUCGCAGCGCGGCUAGCUACACUUUGGUUCAGCCGCUCAAUUGGAACGGCAGACGAAGAUUACCUUUGGAUCUCGUGGGGCAUUGUAGCUAAGAUAUCCAAUCCAGACAGACCUUUUGAAGAAUGGAAUCCGCCUCCGAACGCAGACGUUGAGGAGUAUAUCGGCUGGGUAAAGGAGCACAAGAAUGUCGACAUCGACGGCUCCACCUGGGAUUACCGUGUGGGAGCUACAUACAUCGUCUUCCAGCACUACAAGGAGGCCAUUGUUGCAUUGGAAAAGGCGGAGCAACACUGUUCGACAAAUUGGGGUCUCUUUUACAAUCUAGCAAGGGCCCAUGAGAACCAAAGAGACCACCGUACGGCACUUGGAUACAUACAGAACUUCAAAUCGCUCAGCGAGAUGUUCCUUGAGACGGACGAUUCGUACAAGGGGGCCUACUGGGAUACGCUCAAGAGGGAAGGAGACUGUUUUCGGGAGUGUCAUGACUAUGACAUGGCCGUGCAAUCUUACCAAGAACUUCUGAGCCAGAAUGAUGGUGAAGCAUCCGACAUGAGCUGGCUCCACUUGGACGCUCUUUUGGGACUCUUUAAAAUCUGGACCGAUACUAAGAGCUCCCAAGCUAUCGUUGAUCUCGUUCGCGGCUGGAACGAUGCGACAGCCAAGGGUCGUGGAUCGACCUACUGGCUGCGAAGAGCAUCACGCGAACAUGCCCUCCAUACAUGCAUCAUUGUGGCUGCGAAGCAAGUCGGAGCCGCGGAAGAGAUUAUCUCUCUGUACCAGGAGGCCAUCGAUUACAAGCCGCUGGAUAAACCUGCUGUCGAGGACGAGCCGGAGAUGGACAUUUCUGCUGAAGCAACCAAACAACUGCAGUACUUCCAAGCCGUCCUCAUAUUCCAUGGAAGCAGGUCCGACAACGAUCACCACCGGAGUAUACAAUGCUGGGAAGACAUUGUCCUGCAAUCUGACGAAAACCCGACGUCGUAUACAACAGCGUGGCAUGCGACCCGCAAGCUGGCUCCGACUCUCCUCGACAAGGCAGUUGCCGAACCCUUACCAGAUCUUUCCAGCUCUUCCGAGGGUUAUAUCAGCCGAUUAAAGAAGCUCGCCAACUUGAACACCACUGUAAUCUGCAACCUCCAUCAAGGUUAUUUUGAUCCUCGUCUCUGUUUAGCCAGGCUAUACUGUGUAAAAGAAGACCAUACUUCAGCUUCCACUCAGGCGCAAGCUCGGCUAUGGAGUGUCUUCGACAAAUGGCCUGAAGCCACAGACGAUGCCUCACUCAACUUGCGCUUCUCGAACCUUGCCGCCACACUAACUGUCCUCGACAAGGACGCAGAUGCUAUUGCAGCGUGGCAAGCAAUAGGGCCGUACCAACCAUUGAACGCUGUGGCUGCGAGCGCAGACCUACCAGGUACUGAGGAGUUUGCGCAGUCAAACACCGAAGGAGCUCACACAGAUAGUGCUCCCGUGGCAUCUGACAAGAAGUCGGAAGACAUUUCAAACGCAGCCACUUCGUCCACGGCUACAACCAAAGCAUAUGUCUUAGGAUACAUCUGCGACGGUUAUUGCGGGGUUAAAUGGACAGACAUGGUAGCCGAUUGUUGGGCAUGUAAGCACUGUCUCUGCGUCCAGCUUUGCCCAGGGUGUUACAAAAAGCUUCUGGACGACGACCUACAGCCUCUCCUUUGUAACAAAGAGCACAAGAUGCUAUAUAUACCGCCCUUUGACUGGGAAGCAUGGCGCACUAUCCCCGCAGACAUGAUGACCGUAGACAAGAAGCUAGUGCGUCGCAAAGACUGGGUGGACAAGAUUCGCAAAGGGUACAACGUGCAACAGGAAGAGAUCGAUUUCAUCAAGAUGGAGAAGGCUAGGAGACUAAAGGCUGCCAGCGUCAUCGCCGUGCGAUGGCGCAACAGGUUGCAGAGGUCAAGGGCCAGCAGGCCGGUAGCAGCGCCUGCGCUUCGUCGGGCCAAGACGGUGAGAUAG